GUUCUCCUUUUGUCUUUCAUCGUUUUUCUUUCGGUUUUGAUUUCAGGAUGUUGGUGUUGAAAUGGCGUCAAGAUCGGCAGGUCGAAGAAGUCCACCAUAUGAUCGCCCUGACAUGAGAGAUCUGAGGAUUGUUCUGCUGGGAAAGAAUGUAUCAGAAAACAGCAGAGUUGGAAACACUAUACUGGGAACAGCAGCGUUUGACAGUGAAGUUUAUUCAUCUUAUUUACAGCAGCACAGUAUGAGAAUCAGUGCAUUGGUGGAGGAGAGACACAUCGCAGUCAUCAACACUCAGCUGCUCCAGCCACAUGUCUCCUACCAUCAGAUCACACAGAGAGUGAGAGAGUGUGUGUCUCUGUCUGCUCCAGGACCUCAUGUGUUCAUACUCGUACUGCAGUAUAAUGACUUCAGUGAGGAGGACAGAAACAGAGUGAAAACUGUGCUGAAACUCUUCAGUGAGAAGGCCAUUAAACACACUAUAGUGGUGACUACUGAUGAAGAGACACGCACAUUCAAAUGGACUUCAAUGAUAAUAAAUAACUUGUUUACUAAUUUAAUAAAGGAAUGUGGAGGAGGACAUCUUAAGUUUGAUAAAAAUAAUGCCGGAUGGCGCUCUGAGAUGAUCAGCAGGAUAGAGGACAUACUCAAGGAAGAACAAGAAGAAUUCCUCAUCUGUAUCAAGUUUGGGGAUGGAGGUGGUGGAGUAUCAGUGGAUGAAGAUCCGAACAGAUCUGGAGGUUUAGUCCGAGGAGACGACAAAGAGAAGGAUGGAAAACUCAAUGAGAGGACAAGAACAGGAAGUGAUGGAGGAGUGACUACUUCUGGAAAAACAAAGCUGAACAUUGUGCUGUGUGGAUAUAAUACAACACUCAAGUCCUCAGUGUCUAAAAUCAUUAGAGGGAAAAUAAAUAGACUUUUCCAUCAGAGAGAGAUGAGAAAAGUGUGUGUGAAGAAAGAGGAGAAGAUUCAUGGACAGUUGAUCACUGUAAUAGAGCUUCCAGCUCUCACUCGGCUCUCAGAGGAGGAAGUGAAGCGGGAGACUCUCAACUGUGUGUCUCUCUGUGAUCCUGGAGUUCAUCUUUUCAUCCUCGUUAUUCCCGUCACUCCACUUACUAAUGAAGACAAAGCAGAAAUGGAGAAGAUUACAAGAAUAUUUUACUCAAAAGAGCACUUCAUGGUGCUUUUCACUUCUGAACUCACUAUUGAUAAAAGUGUGUCAGAUUUUGUAUCAUCCGCAGAAUCUCAGAGGUUUGUGAGUCUCUAUGGGAGUUGGAACAGUGUGAUGGGGUUAAAGGACCAGAGAAACUCUGUACAGAUCCCAGACCUGCUGGACUGUGUAGAGAGAAUGAAGACUGAACCCUAUUCACUUCAGAUGUAUAUGAGAGCUCCAGAGAAGAGAAUCAGACAUGAACUAGAGGAGAAACUGAGUGAGAGAGAGAAUGAAAUCAAAGAGUUAGAGGAGAAGAUCAAGACACCGGUUCCAGAGGGUGUGAAGCUGAAUCUGGUUGUGUGUGGGAGUGACAGAACAUUAAAAUCCUUCAUAUCAGACCUGAUCCUGAACCAGAGAGACAGAAGAUCAGAGCUCAGCUCAGAGUGUGUGAGGAGAGACGUGAAGGUGUGUGAACAUCUGAUCUCUCUGGUGGAGCUUCCAGCUCUGAUCAAGACUCAGCUCUCAGAGGAGGAAGUGAUGCGUCAGACUCUCCGCUGUGUGUCUCUCUGUGAUCCUGGAGUUCAUCUUUUCCUCCUCAUUAUUUCUGAUGCUCCACUGACUGAUGAGGACAAAGCAGAAAUGGAGAAGAUCCAGAGAAUGUUUAGUUCAAGAAUCAAGAACUACACCAUGGUCCUCAUAUACCAGAAUCCAGAGCAUCAGACAGCAGAACUGAAUGAAGAAACACAGUCUGUCAUUGAGAGUUUUGGAGGACGGCAUCAUUUCAUUGGCCCAAACACACAAGUGUCCAUGUUGAUGGAGAGACUGAUGCAGAUGGUUGAGGCAAAUAGUGGAGUUUGUUUCUCCACAGAGACAUUGUUGGAGGCACAGAUGGAAAAACUGCUGAAAUUUGAAGAAAUGAAGAAGAGAAUCCAAUCAUUAGAGACGUGGUUUCAGUCACAAGAUUCAAGGGACAGUGCAGAUGAUCUGAGGAUUGUGCUGCUGGGAAAAACUGGAGUUGGGAAGAGUUCAACUGGAAACACAAUCUUAGGAAGAGGAGCAUUUAUAUCGGGCACAUCUCAUGAAUCAGUUACUAAAGAGUGUCGUAGAGAAAGAGCUGAAAUCAACGGCCGACAUGUUACUGUGAUCGACACUCCAGGACUGUUUGAUACUGAACUUACUAAUGAGAAGGUCCAGAGAGAAAUCACCAACUGCAUCUCCAUGAUUCUGCCUGGACCACAUGUGUUCAUCAUUGUGCUUAGUUUAGGACAACGAUUCACUCAAGAAGAAGAAACAACAGUGAAGAUCAUCCAAGAAAUGUUUGGUGAAAACUCUUCAGUGUUCACCAUGGUGCUCUUCACCAGAGGAGACGAUUUGAAGGACAUAACUAUUGAACAGUGGCUGGGAAAACCUGGAUCUCCUUUAAUGAACCUGAUUGAAGCAUGUGGAAACAGAUACCAUGUGUUCAAUAAUAAUCAGACUGGAGACCAAACACAGGUGUCUGAUCUACUGAAGAAGAUAGAUGACAUGGUGAAAGAAAAUGGAGAUAGUUACUACUCAUGUAAGAUGUUCAGAGAGAUGGAAAGAGAAAUACAAGAACAACAAAAAAAGAUUCUGAUGGUGAAAGUGGAGCAACUGAACAGAGAUAAAGAAGAACUGGUGAACAAACAUGAAGAAGAGAAAAAGAGGAUGAUGGAGGAACAAAGGCAAAAUCAUGAUAAAGAGAGAAAGAGAAGAGAAAAAGAAUUUAGAGAGAGAGAAGAACAAUAUAAAAGGGACAUUAAAGAAAGAGAGAAACAAGAGAGAAAGAUGCGAGAAGAGAUGAAGAGAGAACGAGAGGAAUGGGAGAAACAGAAACAACAGGAAAAACAAAGAAGAGAUGAAGAGGAUGAGAGAAGGAGAAAGAAAGAACAGGCAAUGAGGGAUGAAUAUAAUCAGAGACUUAAACAAGAGGAAGAAAGAAUGAAGAUGAUGUUUGAGGAAGAAAGACAGAAUAAUGACAAAGACAGAAAGAGAAGAGAAAAAGAAUUUAGAGAGAGAGAAGAACGAUAUAAAACAGAGUUGAAAAGUGAACGAGAGGAAUGGGAGAGACAGAAACAACAGGAACGACUAAUAAGAGAUGAAGAGAAUGAGAGAAGGAGAAAAAUAGAAAAGGAAACAUGGGAUGAAUAUUAUGAGAAACUUAAACGAGAGGUAGAAAGAAGACACAGAAUGAAAGAGCUUCUUCAGUCCAAACAUGAAGAAGAGAGGGAGAGAAUGAAGAUGAAGAUGGAGGAAGAAAGACUGAAGCGUGAAAAAGAGAGAAGGAGAAGAGAAGAAAGAUAUAUAGAAGAACGAUAUAAAAGAGACAUCAAAGACAUAGAAGAUCAAGAGAGAAAGAUGCGAGAGGAGAUGAAGAGAGAACGAGAGGAAUGGAACAAACAGAAACAACAGGAAAGAUGAAGAGAAGAACAAACACUUAAUACAGGCAUAAACAGUCAAGAUGAAGAUUCACCGUCGGAUUCAGGAUAUUUGCGAAUCUUGCUGUUUGGGAGAACAGGAAAUGGAAAGAGUGCGACAGGAAACACUAUCCUUGGAAUAAAUGAGUUUAACAGUGAAGACAGGUCACAGUUGGUGACCACUACUUGUCAG